UGCCCCACUGCCGCGGAGUCUCGUCAGCCAUCCACAUGGAAAGGGCAGCGACCGCCGAGGGAAACUCCACCGAGCGUGAGGCCCAAGAGGGCAGCGCGUGGAUCGCAGCCUUCCUCUGCCUCAUCAGCAUAGUGACCGUCGCCGGCAAUUUCCUUUUGAUCUUGCUGAUCUUUACGCAGCGCUCCCUGCGCAACACUUCUAAUUACUUCCUCGUCUCCCUCUUCAUGUCCGAUCUGAUGGUCGGCUUGGUUGUGAUGCCCCCGGCUAUGCUGAACCAGCUGUACGGAAGUUGGGUGCUGGACAGUGACUUUUGCUCAGUGUGGUCUUCCUUCGACGUGAUGUGCUGCAGCGCAUCCAUCCUGAAUUUGUGUGUCAUCAGCCUGGACAGAUACCUCCUCAUCACGUCUCCUCUGAACUACAAGCUCCGAAUGACUUCCAGCCGAGCCCUCUUCCUCAUCUUCACUACCUGGACUCUGGCCGCUCUGGCUUCGUUCCUGCCCAUUGAGAUGGGGUGGCAUGAAAUGGACUUUGAGAACCAGGCUUUCAACUCCAGUCGUGCGGUGGAAGUGCGCGGCGCUCAGUGCAGACUCCUGGUUAGCCUACCCUAUGCUCUCAUUGUCUCCUGCCUCACCUUCUUCCUGCCCUCAGUAGCCAUUUCCUUCACCUACUGUCGGAUCCUGCUGGCUGCCCGGAGACAAGCUGUGCAAGUGGCCUCUCUGACCAGUAACGUGGUCACCACUUCUGAUGACCCCGCGCAGGUAAGGGAGCCGCUGACAAUAGUUGGAGACAGCGACGGUAGAAAAUUUACCACCAAACACAGUAAAAGGGCUUUGAAAGCCAGCCUGACUCUGGGAAUUUUACUGGGAAUGUUCUUUGUAGCCUGGCUGCCGUUCUUUGUGGCAAAUGUCACGCAGGCGGUUUGUGACUGCAUUCCAGCCCUACUCUUUGAUGUGCUCACCUGGCUUGGUUACUGCAAUAGCACCAUGAACCCCAUCAUCUACCCUCUCUUCAUGCGAGACUUCAAGCGGGCCAUUGCCAAGUCCCUGCCGUGUUCCCGGCGCUGGUGGGAGAGGCGGCCGAGCGUCGUCUCCUUCACUAUGAGAAACUCCUACAGUGGCCCGCGGUUGGGCCUGACUCUAAGGAACAUGUUGGUUCUUCAACCGGAAACGGACUCGGUCGAAUCCGUUAACCAGACAAAAGAUCAGAUCACGCUCCCGGGCGGCCAACACAAGAUAACUGAGGUCGAGUUCAAGGACACCACGGGGGUGGAUUCGCUGCAUCUCUUUGAUCUAGAGCAGACGAAUCAAGAGUUCCACAUAAACCAGCUGAACACACCAAUGGACUAGAGUUACCGCUUCUACACAGUAACCAGAGAUGAGGACGUUCUCAGGAAU